AUGUUUACCCUCUCCGAUGCGGAGCUGCAGUCCAAAAUGGCCUUCAACAAGAAAUAUGCCGGAUUGCCGGACUUGGAUCCAUCCCCGGAUAUUUACGAAACCCCCGACCUGACCGAUGAAGCAUCCACCCUCCCCACGGGGACCAUCCGCACUGAAUCCGACCAUGACGACUCCAGCUCCGACAUUGACCGUGAGGGCGUCAACGCAGACCAAGCGCGUUUGCAUUUCAUGGGCGCGGCCGUGGAUGCCCGUGAUGCCAAUUUCUCCGACAGCAUCUCAAUGAAGCGUCAGGCAUAUCGGAGCAAGGAUACGAACCGUCGCCGGAAACGCACAGAUGGCACAGAGGAGGUUGGGGACCUAAGUGACAGCGAAGACGAAUCGGUGGAGCGCAGACUGGCACGGUUGCGGAGAGAAGUCGAAGAUCUCAAAGUGGAGAUGGCCAACCAGAAGACCGAGGGCGAUGCGUCACAGAACACCACUGAAAAGACAGAAGAUUUGGGCGAUGGUGUUGCGGAGCUGAGCCGCGCCUUGGACAAUCUUCACGCUUCGCGAGGCGCCACGCCAUCGCACUCGGCUGCUGCAUUGUUGUCACAGAAACUUGGAUCCGGAGCGGCGCCAGAUGCAAAGUCCCAAGCUUCAGGCACACCUGCCGUUGCCUCGGUUGCAGCGCCCCAGCCUGCCUCUGCGGGCAUUCUCUCCCAUGCAGCGGCAUUUGACAGCCGACUAGCCCUUCUCGAGAGCUCGAUAGGCAUCUCCAAUUCUUCAAAUCCGUUUGUUGCCGAUGGAAUUAACGACACAACGCCACACCCCGUCAUCCCAGCCCUGGAUCAACUCACCUCCCGACUGUCAGCCCUCACCGGCCUUCUGGUCGGUACGAACCCAACCUCAGGCGCACCCAGCGGCCCGGGAAUGACAACCCCACACCUCGAAGCUCUCUCGACUCGCGUGCGAAAGUUAACAACAGACGCCGAAGCCCUGACUGCAGCGCGCAGAAAGGCAUUCGACGCCGCGAAAGCAGCACAUAAUGCUCGUCUGGCGAGCUCAGACGCUGAUACACCCGCAAUGGACGCAUCGGCAGAUGACGAACACACAGCCAAGAUCCAGGCUCUCUACGCUACCCUCCCAACCAUCCAAUCCUUACACCCCUUGCUCCCCAGUGUUCUUGAGCGUUUGCGCUCCCUCCGUGCUUGUCAUGCUGGCGCGGCCCAUGCUGCUGAAUCUCUUGAUGAAUUAGAGAAGCGCCAGGCGGAGAUGGCAUCGGAGAUCGAACAGUGGCGAGAGGGACUGACCAAUGUGGAAGAGAAAAUGCGACAAGGCGAAGCUGCUCUACGCUCCAAUGUUGAGACCGUUGAGCCCUGGGUGAGGGAUUUAGAAUCUCGCCUCGGGCGUCUUGAAGCGCCGGGGCAGUGA